GGGCCGAGACACACUCCUGUCAAAUUCACAGCCUGUUCUCCACCUUCACUCUCCAAUUCUAACGGUCACUUUCCUUUUUCCUUUUCCAUUUAUUAUAAUUAUAAAUUUCCCCUUUCGUCUCCUCCAAUUCUCUUGACCGUUUUGUCCCCACCGCCUUUUUCCCCAACGGCAAGAAACGCUCCCCUUCCUCCUCGUUACAAUGAAAACCCAUUAGCCACAUUUUUCUUUCUCUUCUAUGAGAACCCGAAUUUAAGUUCUAAAUUUCAAGAAACCGAAAUUAAGUACUUUUUAAAAAUAAUUUAUAAAUGGGUUGUUUUCUUGCUUGCUUUGGCUCUUCCAAAGAUGAUCGGAGACGCCGUAAACACAGAUAUAAAGUUCAACCCCGUGAACAGGUAAAGAGAAAUACCGGUUCUAAACCAGUGCAAUUUGCAGUUCCUUUUGUGCAUAACAAUCCAGAAAAUUCUACUAGCCCAGUUUCAGAAACUCUGGAUAGUAAUCCUGAGGAGCAAUUGAAGCUUAGCCCUAAGAAGAAAGUUACGUUUGAUUCUGUCAUCACUACCUAUGACCAUGUUUCGGUAAAAGACUCGACUGAGUUGUGUGUGGAGAAAGGAGAUGGCGCUCAAAGAAAAGGAGAGGAGAAAGAGAAACAAGUUGUGAAACCAAGUCAGGUUCAGUCGUUGUGUUCUGAAGAUAGUUCGAUCACUUCGAGCUCAGGAUCUUACCCGUCUAAUCAUAGAUAUGAGAACUGUAGAGACAGUGAUGAUGAAUUAGACUACGGGGAAAGUGAUGUUGAGGAUGCUGGUGAUGAUGAGGACGAGGAUGAUGAUGAUGAUAGCGUGUUAGAUUUAGAUGACGAAUACGAGGAUGAUAGAGCUUUAGGAUCCAGCGGUUAUGUUGAGAAAGAAGUGAAGCCAAAUUUGAACGCUCGAGACAGAAGUGGUUAUGUGCAUUCUGUGUUGAACCCGGUAGAAAACCUCACUCAAUGGAAGGCUGUGAAGGCAAAAGGGACACCGCCAUUGAAGCAGCAGAAAGAGAAUCAGACACUGGGUCAAGAACCCCGGAGUUCGUUUAGUUCUGAGCCUAGCCGUAGGGAAUUAUCAUUCAGUUUCAAAGCAAAAUCUGAUCAAUCUAAGACACCAAAGCAAGAAAUAGCAGUGGAUGCUAGCUUAUCGAACUGGUUGGGUUCAUCAGAAAGCACACCACUUAAAAAGGCUAGCAGCAAACCAAUCAGCUUCGAUACUAAUUCUCCGGAGAAAAGCACAUUGUCAGUGGGAUCAAAUUCACCAUGUAGCUUCGACGACAGACCAAUUCUAGGCGCAUUAACUCUUGAAGAGCUUAAACAGUAUUCUGCUACUAAUUCGCCGAGGAGGUCACCUGGCCAUAGCCCCGAUGAGAUGGCUAUAAUUGGAACUGUUGGAAGCUAUUGGAAUGACAAUGUCUGCACCAAGAAUUCUUCGGGGUCAGCUUCUUCGUUCAAAGGAAUACCGAACACGACCAGCAAGUAUAGGGAGGACAAGAGAGUGAAUUGGCAUUCUACACCAUUUGAGACCAGGUUGGAGAGAGCUUUGAAUAGUGCAACUGCUGAAGCUUAUUGUAUUCCCACUUCUAACAAUGUUCAUUAAACAAUCUUGGAUUGUUGUCUGGUUUUGUCUUCCAUCCAUUUUGUUGUGAAUUCAUGGUUAUAUGCUGUAUACGAGAUUGCUGUUGUAAUUCUUUCAUUGGAUUUAUUGAUUGUCAAUACAAUGUAGUUCGGUUUUACUA